CUGGGAGGUGAGGCAGCCCGAUCCGCCGCCAAAGCGUGCACGUUGACAUACACACGCCCCCAAAGCCCCCACUACGUUGUCAGAGGCUGGGGACAGAAUUCUAGUUGGUAAUGGACACUUUCCCCUUUCUCAGGCGCCGGGCUUGGUUCCGAGCCGCCGCCUCCUGGGGUUUGACAGCCCGGGUGACCCGGCCGAGGCCUGCGGCGGCCUCCUGCACGUCCCCCAGUCCCGGCGCGGGCGCUGCGACCCCCAAGUAGCCGGGGUAACCCGGCCCUGCCGCGCGCGCGGUCUCUGCCAGCUGCGUUCCUGGGCCGCCCCGGUUGUCGCUGAAGCUGCGCCGCGGGGACCUGGCCUCCCGCUGCCCCCUCAGCCUCGUAGCAAGACUCUCGGAGACUUCCAGUGUGAGGUCUUUCUGCUGGGACCUUUUGACGUCCUCCUGGGGCAGGUGUGAAAUUAAAACUUCAGUAAUGGAGUUAGCCCACAGUUUAUUGCUGAAUGAAGACGCUUUGGCUCAAAUCACUGAAGCAAAGAGACCAGUUUUUAUCUUUGAAUGGUUGCGAUUUCUUGAUAAAGUCCUGGUUGCUGCCAACAAGACUGAUGUAAAGGAAAAACAGAAAAAACUUGUCGAACAAUUAACUGGAUUAAUAAGUAGUUCACCUGGGCCACCUACACGAAAAUUGUUAGCUAAAAAUCUUGCAGCCCUUUAUAGCAUUGGAGAUACUUUCACUGUUUUCCAAACGCUUGAUAAAUGUAAUGACAUUAUCAGAAAUAAAGAUGACACUGCAGCCUACUUACCAACAAAAUUGGCUGCAGUGGCUUGUGUUGGAGCAUUUUAUGAAAAAAUGGGGAGAAUGUUAGGCAGUGCAUUUCCAGAAACAGUAAAUAAUCUUUUGAAAUCCCUGAAAAGUGCAGAGUCUCAAGGGCGAAGUGAAAUCUUAAUGAGUCUACAGAAAGUUCUAAAUGGACUGGGCGGUGCAGCAGCUUCCUGUCAUCGUGAUAUUUACAAGAAUGCCAGGUCCCUCUUAACUGACAGGUCAAUGGCUGUUCGCUGUGCAGUUGCCAAGUGUCUCCUAGAACUACAGAAUGAAGCUGUAUUCAUGUGGACUGCUGAACUGGAAAAUAUAGCCACUCUCUGCUUUAAGGCUUUGGAAAACUCAAACUAUGGGGUACGCGUGGCAGUGUCUAAACUCUUAGGAACAGUCAUGGCUACAGCACUGAUGCCAAAACAAGCAACAGUAAUGCGCCAGAAUGUGAAGCGAGCAACAUUUGAUGAAGUCUUAGAACUCAUGGCCACAGGAUUUCUACGUGGAGGGUCAGGUUUCUUAAAGAGUGGUGGAGAAAUGUUAAAAGUUGGAGGGUCUGUUAAUCGUGAAGUGAGAGUUGGAGUUACACAGGCAUAUGUUGUUUUUGUAACAACAUUGGGUGGUCAGUGGUUGGAGCGUAGCUUUGCUACAUUCUUGUCUCAUGUACUUGAUCUGGUUUCCCAUCCUCGGGCAACGCAAACACAUGUAGAGGCUGUGUACUCCAGACGGUGUGUCUCCUUUAUCCUGAGAGCUACUGUGGGUAGUUUGCUAGGUGAAAAAGCCCAGAUUGCAGCUGCCAAAGAAAUAUGCCAAGCGAUUGGAAAACAAAUGAAAGCAGUAGAAGCAGUAGUGAAUGACACUAGUGGUGAAAAUAAAUCUGGAGCAGCAGACAUUGCAGCAAGCCAGCAUGUGAUGGUCUGUGCCCUGCAGGAGCUUGGAAGCCUGGUGCAGAGCCUAAAUGCCACUGCAUCCCCUCUUAUUCAGGAAGCAUCUAUAGGCCUUUUGGAGACUGUGACUUCAGUGCUUCUUCAUCCAAGCAUGGCAGCCCGACUUGCUGCUGCAUGGUGCUUACGCUGUGUGGCUGUGGCAUUGCCUUUCCAGUUGACACCAUUUCUAGACAGGUGUGCAGAACGGCUCAACAACCUAAAAACUUCACCAGAAGCUGUUAGUGGAUACAGUUUUGCAAUGGCUGCUUUGUUAGGUGGAGUUCAUCAGUGUCCUUUGGGCAUUCCUCAUGCCAAGGGAAAGAUGGUAGUUAGCAUUGCUGAAGAUCUCUUACGAACUGCUGCCCAGAAUAGCAGGCUGUCUUUACAGCGCACCCAAGCUGGAUGGCUCUUACUUGGAGCACUGAUGACUUUAGGACCAUCUGUCGUUCGUUACCAUCUGCCCAAGAUGUUAUUAUUGUGGCGAAAUGUUUUCCCUCGUUCUUUGAAGGAAUUGGAGGCUGAGAAGGCCCGAGGCGAUUCUUUUACCUGGCAGGUAACAUUGGAAGGUCGUGCUGGAGCUUUAUGUGCAAUGAGGAGUUUUGUUGCACAUUGUCCUGAACUCCUAACUGAAGAUGUGAUUAGGAAAUUGAUGACGCCUAUUGAAUGUGCCAUGACUAUGAUGUCACACAUUCCAUCCGUAAUUAAAGCCCAUGGAGCUCAUCUGAAAGCUAGUGCUGCAAUGGUCCGUUUAAGACUUUAUGAUAUCUUGGCGUUGUUACCUCCAAAAACUUAUGAAGGCUCUUUCAAUGCACUUCUUAGAGAACUGGUAGCAGAAUUCACUUUGACUGACAACUCAGCCAACACAACUACUUCCCUCCUCAGAUCCCUCUGCCACUACGAUGAUAGUGUCCUUCUUGGUUCCUGGCUUCAAGAAACUGAUCAUAAAUCAAUUGAAGACCAGCUCCAGCCAAACAGUGCAUCUGGAAGCGGGGCUCUGGAGCAUGACCCUUCCUCCAUCUAUUUACGAAUACCCGCCGGAGAAGCUGUGCCUGGGCCUCUUCCCCUUGGAGUUUCGGUCAUUGAUGCUUCUGUGGCUCUUUUCGGUGUAGUGUUUCCUCAUGUUUCUUUUAAACACCGAUUACAGAUGUUGGAUCACUUUGCCGAAUGUGUUAAACAAGCCAAAGGUGUACGCCAGCAGGCUGUGCAGCUUAAUAUCUUUACAGCUGUUCUUAGUGCACUAAAGGGCCUGGCUGAAAACAAAAGUACUUUAGGACCUGAGGAAGUUCGUAAAUCUGCUCUGACACUGGUUAUGGGGGCUCUUGACAACCCCAACCCCAUCUUGCGAUGUGCAGCAGGGGAAGCUCUUGGAAGAAUGGCGCAGGUGGUUGGAGAAGCAACUUUUAUUGCUAGAAUGGCCCAAUAUAGCUUUGACAAAUUGAAGUCAGCUCGAGAUGUUGUAUCCAGAACCGGCCAUUCAUUGGCUCUGGGUUGUUUGCACCGUUAUGUUGGUGGCAUCGGCUCGGGACAACAUCUGAAGACCAGUGUCAGCAUUUUAUUGGCUCUAGCACAAGAUGGAACAUCCUCUGAAGUCCAGACUUGGUCCCUUCAUUCGCUUGCUUUGAUAGUGGAUUCUAGUGGCCCAAUGUAUCGUGGAUAUGUGGAGCCAACAUUAUCUCUAGUUCUUACUUUGCUGUUGACAGUUCCACCCUCCCAUACAGAAGUUCAUCAGUGUUUGGGUAGAUGCUUGGGUGCUAUAAUAACAACUGUUGGCCCUGAACUACAAGGGAAUGGAGCAACAAUUUCCACAAUUCGUUCUUCUUGUUUGGUGGGUUGUGCAAUAACUCAGGACCAUUCAGAUUCUCUCGUCCAGGCAGCUGCCAUCUCUUGCCUUCAGCAGCUCCACAUGUUUGCACCACGACAUGUCAAUCUAUCUAGUCUUGUUCCUAGCCUUUGUGUUCACUUAUGUAGUUCCCAUUUGUUACUUCGACGAGCAGCUGUGGCAUGUCUCCGGCAGCUUGCACAAAGAGAAGCAGCUGAAGUAUGUGAAUAUGCCAUGAGCCUAGCAAAAAAUGCAGGGGACAAAGAGAGCAGUGGUGCUAAUGUCAGUCCUUUUGCGCCUGGAGUUAGUUCUCGAAGUGAUAUCCAUUGCCGGCACCAAGGUGUUAAUAUAACAGAAACUGGCCUUGAGGGACUUCUUUUUGGAAUGCUAGACAGGGAGACAGACAGAAAAUUGUGUUCUGAUAUUCACGAUACUUUGGGACAUAUGCUGUCAUCACUGGCUGUAGAAAAACUUUCCCAUUGGCUAAUGCUUUGUAAAGAUGUCCUAGCAGCUUCUAGUGAUAUGAGUACUGCAACUCCCUUAAGUAGUGGAAAAGAUGAAGAAUUUGAAAAGAAAGAUGAGAUGGAUGAUGAUACCAUGUUUACCACACUAGGAGAAGAAGAUAAAUCAAAGCCCUUUGUGGCACCUCGCUGGGCCACUCGAGUAUUUGCUGCUGAUUGCCUGUGUCGCAUCAUCAAUUUGUGUGAGAAUGCAGACCAGGCUCACUUUGACCUUGCUAUGGCACGUUCUGCUAAACUGCGAAACCCUACAAAUGACCUCUUGGUACUUCAUCUCUCUGACCUGAUUCGCAUGGCAUUUAUGGCUGCAACCGAUCAUAGUAACCAGCUGCGGAUGGCUGGGCUCCAAGCACUUGAAGACAUCAUCAAGAAGUUUGCGUCUGUGCCUGAGCCAGAAUUUCCAGGUCAUGUGAUUCUGGAGCAGUAUCAAGCUAAUGUGGGAGCUGCUCUAAGACCAGCCUUUUCACAAGAUACUCCAUCAGACAUAAUAGCAAAAGCUUGCCAGGUAUGUAGUACGUGGAUUGGAAGUGGAGUUGUGAGUGAUCUCAAUGAUCUCCGUCGAGUACACAAUCUGCUUGUUUCUUCACUGGACAAAGUUCAGGCCGGAAAAGGAUCUUCCAGCCAACUGUACCGAGAGAGUGCCACAACCAUGGAAAAACUAGCUGUUCUCAAAGCAUGGGCAGAGGUAUAUGUGGUCGCUAUGAAUAUUAAAAAAGAAGCAGAGUCAAAACCAAAAAGAGCAAUUAGAAAUGCCGAUGAUGACGAUGGUGAUUACAGCACCACAGAUGAACUGCCGCCGGAUAGUCUAAUAACACUUGUACAGCCUGAGCUGCCGACACUCAGCCGCCUGUGGCUGGCAUCAUUAAAAGACUACGCGCUUUUAACUUUGCCAGCUGAGUUUGCUAGUCAGCUCCCCCCAGAUGGUGGAGCAUUUUAUACUCCUGAGACUAUUGAUACAGCUAGACUUCACUAUCGGAAUUCCUGGGCACCAGUUCUCCAUGCAGUGGCGCUUUGGUUAAAUAGCACAGGAUUUGCAUGUUCAGAGUCAGCAGAAGCAGCAGCAGUGUCAGGCUUACACAAACAUUCUACACCUGUCAGUUUUAACCAAGCAUCAGGAGCAACGCCUAGUGCUAAAUCUUUGCCAGAAAUGAACAAAGACAGAAUGCAUCUGAUUUUAGGUGUGAGCAUACAGUUCCUUUGUUCCCCAAGACCUGAGGAGCCUGUCGAACAUGUUACAGCUUGUCUACAGGCCUUACACACCUUGCUAGAUUCUCCUUAUGCCCGAAUCCAUAUUGCAGAAGAUCAGCUGAUUGGUGUUGAGUUGCUGAGUGUUUUACACCGCCUCCUGUUGACCUGGAAUCCACCGUCCGUCCAGCUGUUGGUGACUGGAGUUGUACAACAGAUAGUAAGAGCUGCUCAGGAUUAUUUGCAGGAAAAAAGAAACACACUAAAUGAAGAUGAUAUGGAAAAAGAGUCCUGCCCUGUAUUAGGAGAAGGAGGUGACAGUGGUGGUCUUAUUCCUGGAAAAUCUCUUGUGUUUGCAACUAUGGAGCUAUUGAUGUUCAUUUUAGUGCGUCACAUGCCGCAUCUCAGUACCAAGAUGUCGGACUCUCCAAGUCAUGUAGGCACUAAAACUCGACUGUCAGAAGAAAGUGCUCGUUUGGUGGCAGCCACAGUUACCAUACUCUCUGACUUACCAUCCCUUUGUUCACCUGCUGGAUGUAUGACAGUCCUGCCUACGAUUCUGUUUUUAAUUGCAAGAAUAUUGAAAGACACGGCAAUAAAGUCUGCUGAUAAUCAGGUUCCUCCACCAGUCAGUGCAGCUCUUCAAGGGAUCAAAAGUAUUGUGACGCUUUCAGUGGCCAAAACUGAAGACACACAAAAACAGUGGACAGCUCUAAUUCGUAGCACUCUUGCAUGCAUACUGGAAUAUUCUCAACCAGGUAGAGUCAAAAAUUAUACACACUCCAGUUAUAUUAAAACUUCUGUUGGCCACACUGUCUUAUCAGCACUUUCCAUUCAAGGCUACUGUCUCCCAAGUCACUGCUGUGCAGGUAUGAACGUGUUACAUCAGUUCAUUUGUAACUGCGGUGCAAGCAAACAUGGAUGCCCCACUUGUGAUUUGCCUGAAAGAAGAGCAGUGUGCAGUGAUUAAUUUUUUGUGGUCUGAGGGUGUACCUGGUGCCAUUAUAUAUCGAAGACUUUGUGCGCAGUAUGAAGAAACCGUUUUGUCUUGAAGAAGUGCGUUUGAAUGGAUAGAGAAGUUCAAGGAAGGUCACACAAGAGUUAGCCAUCGAGAAGGAGUCUGACGCCCAUCCACAUCCACAGCUGAUGACAGCAUUGAGCAUACAGGUGAAAUGAUUCUAUCAGAUAGACGAAUGACAGUGGAUUAUGUGGCAAAUCAUUUGCACAUCAGCCAUGGCUCAAAGGUUCAACAAUCAACAGUGCUCAUUACAGUGAGAUGCUUAUUGAAGAGCUGAAGCCUAAACUUCGGAUUAAAUGUAGAGGACUGCUACCCAAGGGCACUGUGAUCUUGCAUGACAGUGUCAGUCCACACACUUCUGCCCACACUGUCGACACUCUACAAAAACUUCAUUUGGAGGUGUUAACGCAUCCUCCCUAUAGCCCUGAUCUUGCUCCAUCAGACUUUCACCUGUUUAGUCCCCUGAAAGCAGCCCUAUGAGGACAAAGAUUCACUUGUGAUGAAGAAGUGAAGACAGUGGUGCAUUUGUGGCUCAGAGCCUAAAACAUUUUUUAAAGAGGGAAUAUGAAAGCUUGUUGACAGGUGGACAAAGUGUAUUGAAAAGCAAGGAGAUUAUGUUGAAAAAUUAUGUAUUUGUCUUUCCUAGAAGUAAAUUAAAUUCUACAGCCAAUGUGUGGAUAAUUUUUGACUCACCUGCAUGUGUGUUUGUGUGAGAUAAUGAAUAUUUGCUGAACUUAUGAUAAUUUCAUGAUGUAUGUAAGUCACAUCAUUAUGCUGUACACCUUAAACUUAUAUAAUACUGUGUGUCAAUUAUAUCUCAAUAAAACUGGAAGAAAAAAUUUAAAAAAAUAAAAGAUAGCUGAAAAAAAGAUCAGAAAUAGAAAAUAUUUAUGUCAGUUUUAAUAUCAUUAAUGUACAAAGAAGUCUUAUAGGAAAGAACACGCAUUAGUAAAAAAGGAAAUAGAGAUGACCUCCAAGCGUAUAAAAAAAUUAGCCACAUAAUUAUUAUUUUUUGUUGUUGUUGCAUUGGGUCUUUGUUGCUGCACAUGGGCUCUCUCUAGUUGUGGUAAGCGGGUGCUACUCUUUGUUGCAGUGUGUGGAUUUAGUGCGGCGGCUUCUCUUAUUGUAGAGCAUGGGCUCUAGGCACUUGGGCUUCAGCAGUUGUGUCUCACGGGCUCUAGAAUGCAGGCUCAGUAGUUGUGGCACACAGGCUUAGUUGCUCUGCAGCACGUGGGAUCUUCCCGACCCAGGGAUCAAACACAUAUCCCCUGCAUUGGCAGGCAGAUUCUUUUUUUCUUUUUAUAAAUUUAUUUAUUUAAUUUAUUGGCUGUGUUGGGUCUUCGUUGCUGCAUAUGGGCUUUCUCUAGUUGCGGUGAGCGGGGGCUACUCUUCAUGGUGGUGUGCGGGCUCCUCAUUGCAGUGGCUUCUCUUGUGUGGAGCAUGAGCUGUAGGCACAUAGGCUUCAGUAGUUGCAGCACAUGGGCUCAAUAGUUGUGGCUCAUGGGCUCUAGAGCGCAGGCUCAGUAGUUGUGGUAUGCGGGCUUAGUUGCUCCGCAGCAUGUGGGAUCUUCCUGGAGCAGGGCUCCAACCUGUGUCCCCUGCAUUGGCAGGCGAAUUCUUAACCACUGCACCACCAGUGAAGCCUAGCCUACCUUAUUAUAUAAGCAAGGAAAUACAAAAAAAACCAAAGUAAUAUAAAUUUUUACCUGUAAAACUGAUUAAAAACAAAAUGUAUGUACAGCUGGAAUCAGUACCAGGAGAACAUUUUCAUACUUUGCUGAAGGGAAUUUAAGACAGUUUAAACUUUCAGGGAAUCAAUUCUGCAAGAUAUACACAGAGCCUUUAAGAAUUUAUACUCUUACCUUAUUGAUCAAAAACUUGUGUUCAAGGUUGUCAGUCUAUUUUAUAAUAAUGAAAAUACUAAAGCAA